GAAAGUAGGGAGAUACUGGAAGGAACGAGGAGAAAUGCCACAGCAGGCGAAGGACAUCAACGAUAACUUCGGCAUGGAUACGCACAUUUACGAAAAUGUCCCUUUUGUGACCUCCGCCCCCUGCCCCUGCCCCUGCCCCUCCCACAAUGGGCACUCCAACCUGGAGCUGCGAAAGUAUUUUCCGCGCGAAACAAUCUACGAGAACCUGUGCCGUGGCUGCGGCUACGGGGUGUUCGCCGCCCGAGGACGCUACUGUCAUUUCUGCCAGUGCAUCGUGAGCGGGGGGGUGGUGAGUCCGUUGCCCCCGCCCCAUUCACCGCCGGCUCUCUCGCAGGAGAGUAGUAACAUCUAUGAGAAUAUCUGCGAUUUGUGCCGCGGCAUUUACAGCGACAACGAGCGAUGCCAGUGUCAGAGGUCAGCAGAGUCGCCCGCUGCCACGCCCACGCCCACAGCCACCCCCACACCGACCACACCGCCCAUCAAGGUCAAGUCGCGCUCUUUGUUGGGCUACUCCAAGUCCAGUGCAGCGACCUUGACCCGUCUCUUCGGCUCUCUUAAGCAGCUCAACCGCUCUUCGUCGCUCCAGCGCAGGCUCUUUUCAAGGACCUCCAACGGCGGUGUCGGGGGCUCCGGCUCUCUGGAAAUCAUUCACAACGUGGACGAAGUCUUCCGCACCCAGGAGUCCUUUGACCUGCGCCGCAUUUGCGAACUCAAGCUGCAGCAGCAGCAGCUUAAGAGCACCAGCCAGAGCGAUCAGCACAUCUACGGUCGGGUGAGAGAGCCCGAGCCCGAAACGCGUCCGCAGCAAGAGCAUGAACAAGAGAGCCCUGGCCAGAAGAGGGAGCGCAAGAAGCCACGCGUCUCUCGCAUUCGCCUGCUGCAGGACGAAAGAGCGGCGGCCGCAGCAUCCUUGUAUCUCAACGAGAGCAUUUGCCAGUGGAUGACGUCGCUGAGACGGCAGGUCCACCACUACGAGGAGGGGGCGUGGCAGCAGCCCAAAAGCGUGCCAGCACGAAGAGAUCAUGAGGGGAUCGGCUCUGAAGAGAUCGCCAACGUGACACUGCGAAGGACCAAAACGAUCACCGAAGAGAGCCGCCACCGGCCGCAGAACCUGAUCGAGGACUUUAAGAAAAAGUUGCAAGUGAAGAGAGAGGCCAAAGAGUUGCCAACCGAGCAGCGCAGAUGCGCGAUCACUGCAGAGUUUGUGAAUGACUACCUAAGUGCUCUGAACGAAGAGAAGCAGCGGGUGGCUUCGCAACAAGUGGGGCUGGUCGAAGAGCAGGGGGACGGAGUUGCUUCGGCCCCAAUGCCCCACCAAGUCUCUCUCUUACGCCUAAUGCAGAGCCUCGCUCUCUCCGCCAGCCUGCACGUGAGUGUGCGGGGCUUUCUCACCACCUAUGACAAAUCGUUCAGCCAGUGGCUGUGGCAGCAAAAACACAGGCACGCACAACACCAACAACCGAUCAACGGUUAUCGCCGCCGGAGAGCGCGUGACUCAGUUGGCGGCCAUGAAUUUGAAUGGCGCCUGCUUCUCUUCUUCGGCCCCAGCGGUGAUCACUCGUCCGCGGUUUCAGUUUCGCCAGCGAUUUCGAAGAGAGACGACGUGUUUUCAGCUGCAGCGCAGCGUCGCGCGAUCCGAAGUACGAAGAAGUGGAGCACUGAUAGCGGGGGAGAGGAAGCGGGAGCGGGAGAGGGUGUAAGCGGGGGCGAGAGCUCCAACAACACCAGCACCAGCACCACCACCAAUAAAAACAAUAAUCGUAACAACAACAACAAUAUUCGAGCUUUGAUGGCGGCGCCAAAGCCGAACGGCGAGGCAGAGCGCCCCAUAAGCAACAACAACAACAACAACAACAACAGCUGCAGCAGCAACAACAACAGCAGCAGCAGCAACAACAGCGGCAGCAACAACAACAAUCACAGUGAUGACAAUGAAAGCGGCCACAACAACAACACCAAUGUCAGCGAGAAACAACAACAACAGCAAAUCACACAGAACUGCGUGAUCAAAGUUCGACGGCCGGCGCCCAAAGUUCCCGUUCGGAAUCCCAACACUUCCUUGAGCAAUCCCCGCCAGACGGAGGAAACGCAGGCCAAGCCGAAUGGUCAGGGCCAGGACAGCAGGAUCAACGCGGUGGCCGAAGAGAAUCACCAACCCGAUCCCCAUGUUUCAGAGGAGGAGGAUGAGGAGUCCAUUUACCAACCCAUUUGGCAAUUCAAGACCCUGGAGCCCGCCGAUCAGGAGAUCAUCGAAGCCCUACCCUCAGAGGAGGAAGACGAGGAGGACGAAGACGAGGAGGAUGAGGAUGAGGAUGAGGAUCUGGGGGGCUACGAAGAGUCACUGCCCUCCGAUGCCGAAGCGGAUGUGAUGGCUCUCCAGGCGGCGGCCGUGUUUGCCGCCGGCGUUCGCCACAAGCUCUCCACGUCGACGCUGACCAAGCGGUCCAACCUGAUGCUGCCCACGCCCCUGCCCUCACCCACCGUCUCCAUGGACCAGGGGGCGUGGGAGACGGACGUGGAGUUCAUGUACUCGCGGGAAUCCAAGGACGCGGACGCGGACGCGGAGGCGGAGGCGGAUGAGACGCUCAGCCUGGGUAGCACGGUGACGAACAGCACGGCGACCCUGGGCUCCAUCAGUAGCACCGGCAGUUCCAGGCUGUUGGCUCCGAAAGAGCCUGCUGUUGAGGCCAAGACACCCGCGGAGAUUGUGCCCCUGGUGCACCCGAUCCUGAGGAACAUCUGCAUUUUCUACAGCCCAACGGAUCCCAAGAAGUACAGUGCUAUAUUCUACGACUACCAUCGAUCGCUUGUCCACCAGCGGUUCAUGACUCGCAUCCGACGUCCGGCACCGCCACCCCCCGUGACUCAGGUGACCCAGGUAGCCCCGUCCUCCCCGGUGCCCCCUGCGACCGUGGCUACCCCGGCGACGCCUGCGACCCUGCCGACCCCGCGCAACGACGACAGUGGCUGCAGCUGUGAGGCGGAGGACCUGGAGGAUCCUCACCACCGCACCGUCGCCAUUCCGCAGCCCCUCAAGGAAGAGUGGGAGCGGGCCUUGCUAGCCGCGGGGUCGGUGGGCGGCAAGAGGGGCGUGGCUCCGCGAGCGGGACGCAAGCUGAGGGUCCGCUCCAAUGCAAGGCUGCUGCUUACCGAUUCCGUGCUGGCCUGGCGGGAAACGCUGCAGGAUUUCCAUUGCUGCGAGGACGAAGAGGACAUGAUUGUGCCAGUGACUGACAUUCUGCGGGCGCAGCAGAUCAAGGAGGACAAUGAGGUGCAGCAGGCGCAGCAGAGCCCGAUUCUCCCGAUCUUCAAGAGCGUCUCCAUCGGCAACCUGCUCGAUCUGCCGGGCGAGGAUGACAAGAAGUCCAUCAAGAACCGCAUGCGAAUGAAGUUCGCCGUCAAUAGCAAUGUGUUUCGCAUCAACCGCUCGCCGAAGGCCGAGAAGAAGUCGCGUCAACGGCGUGGCCAGGUGAACAGCCUGUACCUGGACGAGCAGAAGUACCCCCUCUUUGCCGCACCACUCAGCGCCCUGGAGCUCAACAUGACCGACCAUCCGAAUGUGCCGCGCUUCGUGGUCGACAUUUGCGCCUACAUCGAGCGGCCGGAGUGCAUCGAACAGGACGGACUGUACCGGGCAUCUGGGAACAAGGUGCUGGUGGACGAGCUGCGCAAGAAGCUGACCCACCUGUACGACCCCCGCUGGCUGCACACGGACGACAUCCACACGCUGACCAGCCUGCACAAGCAGUUCUUCCGCGAGCUGACCGCUCCGCUGAUCACCCAGGAGGCCUACGAGCGCCUGGGAUGCAGCCUCAACGACGAGGCCGCCAUCGAGCGCAUGAGCCUGGCCUUUGACGACAUGCCGGAGCCGAACCGAUCCACGCUGCGUUUCCUCAUCAGGCACUUGACCAGAGUUGCCGCUGCCAGCGCUUCGAACCGCAUGCCGUCCACCAAUCUGGCCAUCGUCUGGGGUCCAUGUCUCCUCAGCGCCAACCAAAUCCAGCUGGACAUCGGGCGCAUGAACAUGCUGGCCAAGGUGCUGAUCGAGAACUACGAUCGCAUCUUCCCUCCGAGCAACGAGCGUCUUGUUUGCUAGGACAAACCACGUCCGCCGCGCCCGCCCUUGCUGCCACGCCCACACAUCUCCACACCUACAUCACACUGAAAGAAAGCAGCAUUGAAAUACAAGUGCCUCAGUGUCAGAAAUCAUCACGUCUCCACCCUUCUCACCCCAUGUCUUGCAUAAUGAUAAUGUUUUUUUUUUGUUUUUUAUCAGCUUUAAUUCUAUGUUUUCUUCGCUAAUUUUAAUACUUUUAAUUACUUUAUUUAUUCAUUGGAAGUGGAGCUCGCCUAGGCGAACCCAUCGAGAAAAUACUUACCAAAAAGACAGUAGACUAAGUUGUAUUACUAAAGCAGACAGCAGAACCGCAGGAAAAACCCAGUACCAAGACGACGAACUUUGUGGCGGUACAGUGCGCACUGCCUGCGGCCAAUUCAAUGACAUGACGAUAUAUUUUUUGUUUUGACAUCAUACAUGAGAUGUGAUAGUCGCUGCAAGCUGCAAAGCCUGAAUAUAAUGUGUCUUUAUAUAUAUUAAUUAACAAACCAUAUGACAUAUACGAAUAAAGUCCAGUACAGUGGAUAGGUUACGCAUAUUUGUUGUUUAAUGAUGCUUGGGAGCACGAAAGCCAAAAAAUGAACAUUUUCUAUCUCAAUAAACAUGCAGAAAAUUUAA